CCAUCCCCACCCGAAGCUGCUUCUCCGACACGGACUUGCCUUUAUCAACACGUGUUAUGUGGCAGGCCUUGUGCUGCUCACGUGGCCCUCUUACAGAGUGGGCGUAGCCCACUAAGGACGUGAUUGGGAGUACGCUUCAGAGAGAUGGAAAAUCUGAUGAGUAGCUCAGCCCUCCCCCCACUGUUUGCAGAUGAUGACGGCUCUAAGGAGAGUAGUGAUAUGGCUGCGGCUGGGUUAGCCCAUCCAGAGGUGACGUACCCUGGCGGAGCCACACCAUCCACAAACAACGCAGAUUUUGUGGAAGAUCUCUCCCAAGUCCAGCUGCUCCAGAACGAAUCUUCAAAUACAGUAGAAAAUAGCGAGCAGCGGCAUGAGGAUGAGCAAAGAAAUAAACGAGGAGGUUGGUCCAAAGGAAGAAAGAGGAAGAAGCCGCUUCGAGACAGCAAUGCUCCCAAAUCUCCCCUCACAGGGUACGUGCGGUUCAUGAAUGAACGUCGAGAACAACUCCGAGCAAAACGGCCCGAGGUCCCCUUUCCAGAAAUCACGAGGAUGCUGGGCAAUGAAUGGAGUAAACUGCCUCCUGAGGAGAAACAGCGUUACCUGGACGAAGCAGACCGAGAUAAGGAGCGUUACAUGAAGGAGCUGGAGCAGUAUCAGAAGACGGAGGCCUACAAAGUCUUUAGCAGGAAAGCUCAGGAUCGGCAGAAAGGCAAAUCUCACAGGCAGGAAGGAGCUCGGCAGGCUGCUCAUGAUCAUGAGAAAGAAGUAGAUGUGAAAGAAAGGUCUGUCUUUGACAUACCUAUAUUCACAGAAGAAUUCCUCAACCACAGUAAAGCCCGAGAAGCGGAGCUGCGACAGCUGCGUAAAUCCAACAUGGAGUUUGAAGAGAGGAACGCAGCCCUCCAGAAGCACGUAGAGAGCAUGCGCACGGCUGUGGAGAAGCUGGAGGUGGACGUGCUUCAGGAGCGGAGCCGAAACACCGUCCUGCAGCAGCACCUGGAGACCCUGCGGCAGGCCCUGACCAGCAGCUUCGCGGGGGUGCCGCUACCUGGAAGUGGAGAGACCCCCACAGUGGAUACAAUUGACUCCUACAUGAACAGGCUUCACAGUAUUAUUCUAGCUAAUCCCCAGGACAAUGAAAACUUCAUAGCCACAGUUCGAGAGGUUGUGAACAGGCUUGAUCGCUAGUGACUGGUGCUGUGGCUCCAUGAUGUUCUGCAAGUGAUUCUGCUUGUGAGGAAUGAGAAGCCAUGAGGGAAACAGACUGCCAGGGGCGGAAGGGACCCAUGCAUGCAUUCCAGCCUCCCCCACCCCUGGAAAGCCAUCAGAGCACCCCAAGGCACGUUUGGACGCCCCUUCCACUGCUUGUCCUUGCUGGCUCUCAGGGCCUCAGCUUCCUCUCAUUUCAGUUUCUAUUGCAGAGAAAAGGCAAGAUUUCCUCCUGGAGCCACACAGAAUGGGUGUCCAUGCCCCCGUCCCCAGGGCUAUUCCAGUCACUUUCUGUUUUUAAGUUCCAUCGCUGACACCUCCACCCUCUGCCAGCCAGCCAGGCCCCAUGGGAGAGCUCCUCCUUGGCAGACACAAUUUCCCUCCAUGUUAGCCUGCUGCGACAUGGAGAUCAUGUGUUCUGGUCAUCAGUGCCCUUCUGGGUUCUGACUGGAGUUGGUUUCCCAGCCAUCUCUCCCAAGUGUAUGCAGUGUUCCAUGGCCAGUAGGGCUUCUGUCACCCCUUCUUUUUUGGGGAACACUGCCACCAAAGAGAAGGUUAAUGGUAACAGGAAAGCACUAGUCUUUCCCAUUUGGCAUAUUGAAAGUUGUCAGUGUUUGAUCUUGCAUGGAAAGUAAGGAUGUUGCUAUUCCAUAUAUGCUGAUUCAGGGACUCAGAUGAGAGACCCCUUGUUUACAAAGAGAAUCUCUCCUCCUUCAACACAGACUCUUAGGCUGAAUUUCCCUUGCCUUCACCUUCCAUCUGUAGCCUGUAGAAAAACAAAUUGAUACAGAAGGGGCAGCCUCCUUUCUCUCCCCACAGUGAUUUGUGUUUUAGCUGCAGGGCCAGCCAGAUAAGGGUUUCCACUUGCUUACCUCAGUCACUCAUGGAAGCACAAGUGGCCAGCUGAUUGUGGCUACUCUUCCACGUGGCCUUCAAGUGGAAGGAACCGGGCUGCUUUGCAAGAGCUGCCAGUAUGGGGCUCUCAAAUCUUGGCAUUCCACUAGCUAGUUUUUCCAGUGCAUCAUUUGCCUGUUGGUUUUUAAUCUCUUGAGAAAAAAGAGAUGCCCCUGUCCCCCAUCCCCCCAAACACUCUCACACACACACACUCUUACCCUUUUUUUAUUUGCAUGGCAUUGAGCCCUAUUCAUUGUGGCUUGAAAAAGACCACCACUGAGCAGCUUAGACUUUGUGUUCAUAACCUGUAAAAGACCGUAUCUGUUGUCCAGGGACCAACCUAGAUUUUCACGGAGUGACCCAUAAGCUGGCCACUAAGUGGUGAGUACUUUGACUGUGGUUACCCAGUUAAAGAAUUAGGUGGGAGCAUACUUAGCAUUCCCCAUUCACACCAUCCAGCCAUUCAGUGAUAGAAAGUGGAAGUGCAUCAUGGCCUAGCCUAGUCAUGUAAACAUUAGCCAAUGACAAGUAACUGCUUCUUCCCUCCCAUCAUUUGGCCCCUCCUCCCCAUGCCCCUUGUCACACUAUAGGGUGGCCUUGGUUCCAUGCAUGCCUUGUGUUUAUUCUCAGGCUUCGUUAGAGCCUAGAGCCUUCCUUCAGGUACUCAGUCUCGGCACACCUCUGGCCGCCCGGGAAGUACCCCUCUCUAGUGCCCCAGCUUUGAUUGUUGUGAAACUUCCUUAGCCGUGCUUUUGUGACCCAGAGCAGCAUUGCCCCAGUGAGGGGUGGCAUGUUUACAGAAUCAGUGAUGAAGAGAGGAAUUGCCACCACCAGAAGCUCUGCAGAACCUGUGAACACACACAUGCAGUUACAUACCCAGCAGGCUCUCCCAGGUGACCCAUCAGGUACUUGAGAACAAAUCUUAAUGUCCCUUCUCCUCCUCAACCCCCUCUUCCCCCAACACUGAACAGCUAUAUGAGAUGUUAGCAGAGAUUGAGCCCUGCUUCCUGUCUCCUGGUGACAUGGAUGUGACUGUUCUUUAUUAGGAAAACUUUUAUUUUUGUUGUUGUUGUUUUUUCUUGUCAAGAUAUGAAUUGUCACCUUCUCCAUGUUACAGAGUUUUCCCUAUUGUUUAAAAAAAAAACUCCCACAAGAGGCAGCUUUGGGGACAGGGAGUCAAACAAAAGGUGUUUGCUGAAGGGAAGAGAAAAAUCCGUGUGUUGUCCCUGUGUCUGGAGUGCUUGAUAUGCCAAGUUUUUCCGUACAAGUGUCUCUGUAAUUAUGCUUCUAGAUUUUCUUUGUUUUGUUCAUUAGAAGUUGAUGUGCUUGCUUGACAUUUGUUUCAUUAAAACUUUUCAACAUUGAAUCCA